AGAAAAGAAAAAAUAAAAAGUGAUUAUCAUCAAACCCAAAGUGUAACAGGAGAGCGAAGAAACAAAAAGAGUGAUAAAGGAGACGGUGGAUAUAAAGAGUAUGGCGGUGGGAAUAAGUUACUGAAGAAAGGCAGUAAAGGAACGGUGGUCCUGGGCUGUGAAUCAGGAGAACAAAUUGAAACACUGAAGGCUGCAGUACAGGACAAAAUGGGUGAGGAUUUCAAAGUUACUGAAUCAGUGCAACUGGAACCGAAGAUAAAGAUAGUAAAUGUGGAAGAAGAAGAGUUUAAACUAAACGACGAAGAACUAGUUGACACAAUAAAAAUGAGGAAUGGGAUAGAGGAAACCAAAGGAAGAGAGAUGAAAAUUGUAAAAAGAUUAAUGAAGGGAAGGAAACAGGAGCGUAACAGAAGAGGAACCGGCAAGAGAUCAAUAAUAUUAGAAGUAGAUGAAGUAACCGAUGAGAAGCUACCGCAGAAAAGUAAGCUCACCGUGGGAUGGAAAAAUUGUCCGGUUUACAAUCACAUCAGUGUAAAGCGAUGCUUUAAAUGCUGGGGCUAUUAUCAUUUAGCGAAGAAUGGCACCAGGGAAAAAACUUGCUAUAGAUGUGCAGGAAAACACAACGCAAGAGAGUAUACAAUGAAUAAGAGUAAAUGUGUAAACUGUACGUUUCAAAAUUAAAAGUACAAUCGAUCGGGAAUGUCCAACAUACAAAAGAGCGAUGCAAGAGGAAAAAACGAGUGUGGGAUGGAUAGAAUAGCAACCACAGAAGGAAGAGACGAUAUGGUACACAAAUGCGCAAAGCCUCUUAGCACGUAACAAGGAGAUAUGACACCAGGUGGUUGACAAAAUGAAACCUGCAUUGAUAGAGUUAUCAGAGACGUGGGUGACUGCUGAAAUAGGAGACAGUGAAAUAUAUAUGUCGGGUUAUAGUGUAAUUAGGUGCGAUGCAGGGAAUAACAAUACAGGAGGGGCCAUGGGAUAUGUAAGAGACGGUAUUAAACAUGAAUUAAUAAUGAGGUCGAUAACAAGUUAUAUAAAGGAGUUAUAAUAGUGGUGUACCAUUCACCGAGUGCGUCAGAUGCAGAAUUUAUAAGAUACAUAGAAGAUGUAACUGAAGAGUUAACAAUAAAGGAAGAUUGUUUAGUGAUAGGAGGUUAUAAUAUAGGCGUCAAGGGAAACUCGUUCUAUAAAAAACAAUUAAUAUCAGAAAUGUUAAGCCUAGGGAUGAAACAGUAUGUCAACGAGCCAACAAGAAUAAUGCAGGAUAGCCGAACAGUUAUCAAUCUUGUAUUCGCAAAUACAAGUGUGCAACUACAGGUGGUACACAAACCAAAAAUAACAGACCGUGCAGAGUAGUGAGUAAACAGCGAGAAUACAAGACCAGGAACUACGGUAAAAUUGACAUGCAAGAGUUUACAACAGUGCUGAAAAAUUCCGUGCAGCAAUGGACAAAUGGAUAUAUCAACUGGAAGGCAAAGCUGUUUAUCGAUAGUGUAGUACGUACUCUGGACAUAGUAGUACCAAUAAAGGUAGUUAAGGUUCCAAGCGUAUGAGAGGAUAAAAAAUGUUACUCAGAUAAGAUAAGAAGGGUGGCGAAAAAAAGGGACAAUGCAUACAGAAAAAGCAAUGCAUGAGGGAACGGAAGGAUGACUGGGAACAGUUUAAAGUAGAAAGAAAUGAAAUAAUUAAAUUAAUAAGGAAAAAGAAAAAUGAAUGUUAAGAGAUCAUGAUAGACUGUAAUAAGAAUGAUCCAAUUAAAAUGUGGAAAACUUUGAAAGAACUUAUUAGCAGGGGACUGGCUAAACCGAGACACAUUGAAGAUAUGAAAUUUGGAAUAUUAGAUGAUAUGAAGGAGGGUAAGAUGGCGGACUAAUUUAACAUGUUUUACAUGGAAAGUAUUAACAACAUAGUUAAUUCAAUAGAUAGGGAUGUAUCUGCAAGUCCAGGUAGAAGAAGAAUCUUGGUGGGUGGUGGUGUGGAAAACGAAAGAAAAAUCGAAAAGUUUGAAAAUAUCGGAAUAGGGGAACUCGAGAAAAUAGUCAAUGGACUCCAGAGGAAGAAAGGUACUGAAGAAGGUAUAUCAAGCAAAAUA